AUGGAUGUGUCAUUUAGAAUCAGGGACAACUUAGAAAGUUUAUUGUCAGGGCAGAAGAAGUUAGUUGAUAUUAGCUGCAAUGUUCCACUAAGUUAUGGUCUGUAUUUAAAUUUACAUGAUGAUCUGCAGAAAAUGGGAAUUAAUAUACAACAAACCAUGCCAGAUAUAAUUAGGCUUUUUGACCCAGAUAUUGUUUUACCAGUGAAAAUUAGCAACUUAAAACGAGUACGGAGAAAUGUAGAGAAAGCUAGAAAAGAUGGAAAGGAAGUAUUUAUGCGGCCUAGUGCUGAAACAAAACUAAAUGUCACUGGAAUUAGAUGCCAGUGGACUCGGCUACAUGAUGCAUAUUUAAAACUGAAAUGCAGCAAACGUCAGCAUGAGUUAGAUGACUUCCUAAGCAAGUCAUACAAAGCUCCAAGGACAAAUCCCAAUGAAGUCAGUGAAACUGUAAGUGAAACAAGUAGAAGUAAUCAAGAUCUGGAAAACAUUCUAGAAAGUUUGAGUAGAAAUCUUGCUGACAGUUACCAAGAAAUUAGCAAAAUUACUCAAAGUAUGGAAGAGCUUUCAUGUGAGAAAUUAGCUGCACUAGAUAAAAUUAGUGAAAUGAGCAAGAAGCAAGACAAGUAUAGGCAGAAAUUGAUUCAAAUAAAUGAUUUAAAAGCAAAACUUGCAGCAUUAACUCCCAGAAAUUUCAACAAAAAAAUUAAAAGGCGAGAUGAGAAAAUAAAGAAGAUGACACAUCAGAUUGAAGAACAAAAUAAAGUGAUGAAAGAAUAUAUACAUGACAUAAACCAAUCAACAAGAGAUAAUGAAAUACUACAAGAGAAAUUAGAUCAGAUCUUAAUGGAAAAAAAAAACCUUCAGAAAAGCAAACGUUACUGGAAAACAAAAGCCCAGUCAGCAAGUGAACACCAUUCUCAGAAAGUGAAGAGUAAUCUGGAACGCGUGAAACAUUUAGAAAAUGACAAUAUGAAGCUACGUGAAAAAAUAGAAGAUUUGAUGGAUGCAAACGAAAUUAAAACCUUUGAAAAUGGAAAGUAUACAGAUAGUAUAAGACAGGUUUAUUAUGAUCUUUUGAUACACAAUGUUUCAGUACAAAAUUGCACAGCAGUUGUAAAGUCAGUGCUCAAGAACAUCCUGAAUGUUGAUGUUGAUAGGUUGCCAAGUAAGUCCCUGACAUCCAUGAUGCAGAUCGAAGCCCUGGUAUUGGCUCAAGCCCAAGCUGCCACUGCAAUACUUGAGCAACAGGAUCCAAACACACUUCACAGUGAUGGCACUUGA